CAAGAAAAGAAGCUGGAAUUGCUGGAGCCGCGAUAUGGCAUGCGCCCGCACCCGGCUCAGAAGGCGCUAGAGGCGCUGGCGAAGGACAUCGACGCCUGGAUCUUGGCCACCCCGGCCGGCGGUUCCCAAGUCGCGCGCAGCUUCCCGGUGCCUCGCGCCGGGCUCUUCGAGGAGCUGCAGAGGUACUUUCGCGCCUCGAGCGCGCACCGGCUGGUGGGCCUGGAAUUGGAGAGCCCGGACCUCGUGAAGGUCUGCUUCGGCGACCAGGCGAGGCAGCAGCUCAGGCGCAGCAAAGGCAUGGCCGCAGGACGUGACCCAGCACCGGUGCCGGCCCCUGCGGCCAAGCGCCCCAGGAAGCCCACGCCAGGCUCGGAACCCCGAGCUCUCACCGAUCAAGGUGCAGUGGUAGCGACAGAAGUGGCGCCGGAUCCUGGCAGAGAGCCUUUUCCUGCGGUGCCGGGGCGAGAGUUUGAAGGCGUCCGCGUCUACCUGUCCGAGAUGCUGCCUGACAAGGAGAACUUGGAGCAGGUGGUCAAGGCCCUGGGCGGAUCUGUGGUGCUGAGUGAAGCAACGCACGGAGUCUUUCCCGGAGAGGGGCAGCUGAAGAUGCAUUCAGAGUGGGAGGAGCUGUGGCUGGAGGCCCGGGCGGUGCGGAGCGCCAAGCUGGUGAGCCCGGCCUGGGUGCAGGCGGUAGUUGAGGACGGCCUCUCUCCCUGGGACAGCAAGAAGGGCACGGGGAUUGCCAAAGACGGGAUGCCCAGACUGCCUCAGCCGCUCUCCGCGCACGAGAAGCAGGCUCCCGCGCCUUUGGCGAAGUCCCUGCAAGAGACGCAGAGCUUCCUGCAGGCCAAGGAGGAUCGACGCGAGGGCUUGGAGCGGGGCGACGAGGACUUGCAGAAGGCGAUCCAGGCGAGCCUGCGGGAUUUCCAGGAGAUCGGGGCCGGCGCCCAAGCGGAGCGGGAGCAGCGAAGCGGAGCCGCCGGAAGGUGCGAGUAUCUUACAACCGUUCUCGUCCGUGACGAGAAUGCCUGGAGUAUCUGA